UAAAAUGAUAAUAUGCUGAUUCCAUCUGGACCCUAGAGUCCAAAGAAAAAAUUCAAAGUCCGCCCAAGAGGCCCCUGAAAUCAUCCUGUACGCAAAUAUUUCUAUAUAUAUAUCCGCCUGUGUCCUCAUUGGCAAUAUCACAUGGUCCUGGAAGGGAUCACAGAUACAAGCCGUGGAACAUUAACAGUGGAGCCUCAACAAGAUUGCACAUUGACUACGCUUCCCUUACCUCCUGGCUGAACUUCUUGCUUUGCCUUCGAUGGCAUCCAUAACCCAGGAACAGAUCCAUAAGUUCCGCCAAGAUGGCUUCCUUGUUAUUGACCAGUUUUUCAGCUCUGAAGUGUGUGAGGCCAUGAAGGCCCAGAUUCAAAAGAUCAUUGCUGACAUGGACGUGCCUCCUCACUGCCGUACGGAGUUUUCAACCCAGGAAGAUGAACAGCUCCAGGCACAGGGCAGCGCGGAAUAUUUCCUAACCAGCGGAGACAAAAUCAGAUUCUUUUUUGAAAAAGGUGUUUUUGACGGAAAAGGAGAUUUUCUUGUUCCAAAGGAAAAAGCUGUUAAUAAAAUUGGCCAUGCGUUGCAUGCAUACGAUUCCACCUUCAAGCAGAUCACUCACUCCUCAGACGUGCAGGUACUGGUAAGAAAACUGGGCUUUGAAAACCCAGUGGUGGUGCAAAGCAUGUACAUAUUCAAGCAACCUGGCAUCGGCGGUGAAGUGACGCCACAUCAGGAUGCCACUUUUCUACAUACGGAACCUUUGGGGCGAGUGAUCGGCCUCUGGAUAGCCCUGGAAAAUGCCACUCUAGAGAACGGCUGUUUGUGGUUCAUCCCUGGCUCUCACACAAGUGGGAUCACUCGGCGGAUGGUCCGUACUGCCCCAGGCACAAUCCCCUGCACAAAGUUUGUUGGCUCUGAGCAGACGUACGAUGACAGGCAAUUCAUCCCAGUGCCUGUUGAGAAAGGUGGCCUCAUUCUGAUCCAUGGUGAGGUUGUCCAUAAAAGUGAGCCAAACCUCUCUGAAAAGUCCCGCCACGUCUACACUUUCCAUAUCAUGGAGGCCAAGGACACGGCUUGGAGCCCAGAGAACUGGCUUCAGCCAACCCCUGGGUUGCCUUUCCCCUCUUUGUACACAAAAAACUAACAACUGGAGUGCAAAGUGGUGACUGACCAGCCCAUGCCUCGGAGUUCACUGACAGCUACUU